CAAUAAUUGUGAAGGUGCAAAUUAACCUCAUAAAAAGGGCAUUGGAGAUCUCUGAAAACCACAGCGCACCUAGCUAUCGCCAAGAAACUUUCCCACAAGAGAGAAAGCUGUGAAAGUUUGUUUGCAAGAAACUCUCUCUCUCUCUCUCUCUCUCUCUCUCUCUCUCUCUCUCACACACACACACACACACACACACACUCAUAUCAGCAGUGCUGAAAAUUGAAAGCAAGUCAAGGAAUGGGAAGCAGUUAUUACGGGGAGCCAAAUUACACAGGGAAUGAAAGAUCUGCUGCUGCAGGAGGAGGAGGUUCAUCAUCAAGGAAAGGGAACAACAAGAAAGGGGGCAGUAAUAAUAAUUCAGAAAAGGCCCCUAAACAGCCACAAAGAGGACUCGGUGUUGCUCAAUUAGAGAAGAUCCGACUCAACUCUCAACUCAUACCACCUUCUACUAAUUACCACCUUCCUACUCAUUACCCAACUCAACUCCUCAACCAGGAGGAGAUUAGAAUGCCAACGGCAUAUUCAUCAAUGCCAACAUCAUCAGCAUCCUUCCCUUAUGCACCAGCAGCAUCUUCUUAUGGUUUCUAUGGCCACCAAAACGUCGCGAUGGGAUUGGGUCAAUUCGAAGAAGCAAAUGUCAGAUAUCCUGAGUCUCAACCUAGCAGUACCAUACCGAGAUUUCAGAGUCAAUACCCCAACAGUGGCACGCUGGAGACACCAUAUUUCACACAACCCAGCAUGACAAGACACCACCCUGUUGAGGACUCAUUCCAAAAGAAGAGGAAGAAAGAUUCUAUCGGGUCCAGCAGUCAAAACUCCAAUACAAGUGACAAUGAGCUAGAUUUGGAGCUUAAACUUUAACUUUAGCCUGAAGUAAUUUCCUACGAAAGGAAAUUUAAAUGUGUGUAUUGACACCUUUUUGUGUGUGUCAUCUCAUCAGUAUAAAAAUAUUUGAAGAUUCAGCUUAGCAGGUUGGUGUUUGUAAAUAAAGGUUUAACAAGUUGUAUGUAUGCAACUUGAUCAUGGACUUGAAUUAAUAAAUUUUGCAUUUGGAAG